AUGGGGGGCUGCAUGUCGAGCCCCGGAGAGGGGUGCGCCGGCGGGCGUCUGAAGCCGAGGCGGCGGCCGAGGAGGAGGAUUAGGGUGUCCAGGCGGCGGCUAUGGUCUCGGAAAACCGCCUCCAUGGAGACGAUCCCCGAGGUGGAGGGACAGACCAACGGCUGCGCCGCCGUCGGCGACGAUGGAUGCCGCACUUACGGGAACCCCGUCUUUCGAGGUGAAAGAAAAAGUCAAUUGAUCGCGGCGAUUUGUUCCGUUCAAUGCUCGCCCUUAUUUUCCCUUAGUUUGGUAAAUUGCUAUGCGUCGUUUGUGUAUAUCUGGGCGCUGCGAGUUUCUGCUUUCGCUGAUUUUUCCGAGAAAGUUUUUCUUUAUUGGGUGUCUGGGUGUCGCGAGUUUUGACAAAAACGUAUGGGAUAAAUAUUUGAUUUCUUUCUUUUUCUGGAACUUCUUUCGCUGUUCCUAGCAUUUUAAAAGAGGGUAAAAUCAAUGGAUCUUCGUCUUUCAUUCAAUUUACUUCCCAUUUCUUGUGCGUUUUGAUCUCUUUUCUCGAUGUUUCUCCCUCAUGCUCGUGUUAAAUGCUUGCUCUUUUUGUUGUGGAUCACCCGAGACUGUCCAUAUCUAUUUACCAUUGGCUGGCUCGGCAGCACUUAUCUUCAUGGCUGUCGGCUUUCCAUCUUAUGCGCUGUUGUAAUCAGUAUUUUGUGAAUAUUGCAGGAUUUAUGCGACAUUCCAAUGUGGCAUAUAGUCCCAUUGAACAAAGUCUUAUAAUAUUUUUGGUUCUUUAUUCACAUUUCUUUUUUUCGAAUGAGUACCUGAGGUUUCUGCGUGAUUUUUUGUGUAUAUAUUGCAUAUAUCCCAUUGUCCAGACGACAUGCCCUUCAUUUAUCCUAUAAAACCUUGUCAAUUCUCUUUUUUUCUCAACCAAAAAUAUGCACAUCUUAGGAAGUAAAGAAGAGGCAUGGUUCGAUACUACCCUAUCUCUGGAGUCAGAUUGUGAUGAAGAUUUUCUAAGCGUACCAGAAGGUAUGUCUUGCUGGAUACGUUGAUAUUGAUAAUUAACAUUGUUGAGGCAUAUCAGCAUUAACGUCAUGAUGUUAUGGAUAACCCUUGGAUUAAUGUGGUUUCAGAUGCAUUAUCUUUAAAUGGCUUUGAAGCUGCAUCUGUGUCAAGUCUUACCUCAUUCAGGGACGCUACCUUUGAAGAGAUUAGUACCAACGUUCUCUCAGUGCCGUCCUCUGACCUGCAGCUAAAAGGACUGAAAGUAUCAGAGACAGCUAUCGGAAAUUCAGCCCAUAAUGUGAAUUCACAAGAAAGUAACACAUCUAAACAUUUUGCGAGCCAUGAUGAAGCGUCCACUGUUUAUGCUGAUGAAAUUGUCGCCGGUGAUGGAAGAAUAUUGGACCCUUGUGGUAUUCUUCCAAACAAUUGCUUGCCUUGUCUAGUUCCAGUUGAAAAGAAGGGUUCUUUAAGCUCCAGUCCACCUGGUUCAAGAAAAAAGGCUACCUUAAGACUCUCCUUCAAAUGGAGAUCUGGAGAAGGCCAUACUCCAAAUACUCUUCGUGAGUUUUCAAUUGAUUGUUUCCCUGAAGCUAAUUUUUUUUUAACUUUCGAUUUACUCCUCUGCUUUCUUUGUCAGACCUUGAUUACUGCUCACGGUUUAAUACAUGGAAACUGUUCUUGUACUGUCAUUUUUUUACCGUUUGCUUUACUUCUGAAUAAUCAACUCAAAGCAUUGAUACAUAACAGGUGCAGAGCGUAUUAUUUUUUUUCUUUUGAUUUUUCUUGAGCUCCUGCACUUAAACUAAACUAAAUUAGAGACCUUAAACUAAAUAUGCUUUGAGACAGAGAGGGUUCCUCUUCUUUGCGUCUGAUUUACUCAAGCAUAAGCCUCAUCAGUGUCUUGUGUAUAAUCGAAAUAUAAUUUUUUACCUAAAUUUAUAAAAUCCAUUUACCAAGUCCUGUCAUCCCUCCUUUCAAAAAAUAUUUUCUUGUGACAUAGGCGUAUUUUAUGUACUUAGCCUCUGAUGUAGCACCAAAAUUUAUGAGAAAGCUUUAGUCUUUCAGUGUUGAUACCAUUCAUCUGAGCUUCUGCCUGCUUUUAGCUGCAAUUUCGCUCUUUCUCUGUGCCUCUGUACCCAUUCUAAGUUCCCCCUUGUAGUUUUUUUGUAUUUUAUUUGUCCGUAUAUCCAACAUUGGGACACUUGGAUGUGUCAGCUUAUGCAUUUUCAUAAAGUAGGUGAUACUCAAUAUCUUUUUUUCCAAAAUAAAAUCUGUUUCUUUUAUUUUUGGUCUGCAGCAGUGUUUAUGUUAUAUCGCAGUAGCCUGAUUGCCUUUUAUUUUUGGUAACAUGUUAUUUUCUGAUUUGUCAAAGCCGUAGGUCUAUCAGUCUGAUACAUGGAUAGUUGAGUGAUAUUUAUCUGCUCUGGUUCCUUAAUUUUAUCUUUUAAUGACUUUCUAUUUUCAUUUGUGCUCCAGUCAGUACAAAGUCCUUCGUUGAAAGACCACUAGCAGCUUCCCAAGUUCCUUACUGCCUGCUGGAGAAAAAUAUGCCAGAUUGUUGGUCCAACAUUGAGCCUGGUACUUUCAAGGUUCGGGGCGAAAAUUAUCUGAGGUACUACAAAAUUUACUGAAACAUGAUAACUCUUUCUGGUCCCCCUUUUUUGAAGUCACCGAUAGCAUUACUUAUUUGAUGAUAUUUGUGAGACAGGGAAUUCCAAUAACUCUCUGCAUUUAUAUACAUUGUAAAGUUCAUACUGGACAAGAAAGAAGGAUAUAUGCGUGCAUUUUCUUAAGUUUUUCUGUAGGACACUGAUGUCUCGUGUUUUGUUUGUUUCCUUUUUUCAGCCUUACUCAUUUCUUCUCAGCAAGGUUAAAUAACCAUCUGCCACUUACAUGCAUUCUGAAUUUCCAUGUAGGGACAAAAAGAAAGAGUUUGCUCAAAAUUGUGCAGCUUAUUAUCCUUUCGGUGUGGAUGUCUUCUUAUGCAAGCAGAAAAUUGAUCACAUUGCUCGCUUUGUUGAACUUCCAAGUGUAAAUUCAUCUGGAAAAUUUCCAUCCGUCCUUGUUGUAAACGUGCAGGUAUUAAUUCAUUAUGCCUUUCUCGUUGGGAAAUUUUGGUAGUAUUCGAAAUUUGUUUUUAUCCACUACAUGCCGUGAGAAAUAACUAUCACAAUGAAUUAUAAUUUUGUACUACAAUUGCAAUUCAAAUUAUUUUUUUGAUCAAAAAAAUUUUAUAUGUUAGAGGUUUAUUGUAUCAAUGAAUCUUUUGUCUGAUCAAGUGAACUGCAUUCUAUUCCUAAGUGGUGUUUUCUAGAUGUUAAAAUUCUAUCAUUGUUUGGCAGCCAGAUGCCUUCGAAUGUGAACUGCAUUCAGGGGUUAAGCCAUUCCCAUUUUUUCUCUAUGACCAGUUACGAAGUGUAUUCAACCAUUCACAACUGACCAUUGGGCUGUGAAUGACUGAACUCAUUUGGCGUUGACUCUACUUCUCACUAUGGCAGAAUUCUGAACAUUUGAUUUAUUUUGAAAUAUAAGUGCUGGUAUUAUUUAUGGCUUUUAAGGAUUUUAUGCUAAUAAUAAUCCUUGUGCAUAGCAUCACGUAGACUUUUAUAUAAAAUAUUUUUUCAAAUAUUUAAUGUAUUUUAAAGUUAUUUUAAAAUAUAUAGAUAUGCAAAAAUAAGUCUCACCUAACUCACUUUAUUGCCUAGGCAUUAAAGACAGUGGACCAUCACCUGGUUCACCUUAGAAGUAUGCUGGAUGCGCACACACACACACACACAGGAGGAGAGGAUAUAAUGUAGAUCAUUCAGGUUAUUUCUUUUUUAGGCCUUGAUUUUUAAGGACGUGAUGGAUGGUGAUAGAAGAUUAUUCAUUUAAGCUUCUAGAACCAGCAAGAAUGUUAUGUGAUCACCAUGUUCACAAUUCCCCUGGAGUGUGUCUCCCUUAAUGUGAAGUGUCUCAAAUUGACUUUUGACAGAUUGUCUCCAAACUAGAGACUAGGCUAGGUUUUGGCUGAUGAAACUUAAGAGAGCUUAACUGUAGUUCGGUUGUGAUUGAACGUAUUAUCCACUUUUAUUUUGGUUUUGUAGUCUUAACAUUAGAGCCACUUAUCUUCUUGCACACAUAAUUCACAUCUGGUAAUGACUCUAGUUCAUGUACUUUUUCUUCCAGAUCCCACUAUACUCUGCUGCAAUCUUUCAAAAUGAAACUAAUGGGGAAGGAAUGAGCUACGUACUGUAUUUUAGGCUCUCUGAGAACUUCUCAAAGGAGUUUCCUAUGCAUUUCCAGGAAAAUCUGAGGGUAAGGUUCAGCACAAAAAAAAAUUCUCUACUUGUGCUUCUUAACCUGUUGUUUUUACGCUGGUUAUCAAUCACAUGCUUUAUGUUUUUUCCUCUUCCCAUUUUUUGCGAGUCUUAGCAUGUACAAGAUUUGUUGUAGGAUUGUUUUGAAAAAAUAGCUGUUGAAGUACAUGCCUGUGUUGCGGCAGACGAUCUUGGUGUCAGAGGUAAUUGCUGCCGUUUCAACACUUUUUUAUUAUUGACUUCAGCAUUCCUCGGAGUCAUGUUCCACUUCUCCCUUUAAGGGACUGCCUUCUAAAAAAUCUCGCAUAUCCCUUUGUCAAAUUCAGCUCCCACCUUUGACAUGAUUCUUUCAAGUUCCAGGUAACUUACGAAAACGUUCUCCUCUUUGCAUGAGAUUACAGUGUGCAACUAAGAGAGUCGCUUUCCUAUGUGACAACCAGCCAUAGGAAGUUCUUGUGCUGUUUGAGUUAACUCGACCAGGUGGUUGUUGACGGGUCUUAACAAUGGAGUAUGGAACUGGCUUGCUCAAGACGGAUUCAUCUGAUGUCUUAGGAUUCUGAUGGGUACCCCGGGUCGAGACCGGACAAAAAGGGAAACUGGCUCUGAUUGGGAUAAUAAGAUGGAAACAAACCCUGGGUCGGUCGGACCGUCGUAGAGAGAGACUGGUUCACCAAACGAGGUAACUACAGACUUCUCAACUACUAGGAAGGGAAAGUAACCAAGGGAGUCGACUUGCAGGUGAUGUCCCUCGGGGAUGGAAGGGAAAUGGGUAGUGGCUGCUUCGAGAUGGCCUGUCUCUGAGACUUUUCUUAUGCAUGUCCUCCUCCUUUGGUCCGGGGUUCUUUAAUAGGGGUGCUCGUACGGAAAAGGCAAGGUCGUUUCCUGGUCACGGUGUUGGAGUCGCCCUCUUCUUCUGCUCCGCUGUGCUUCUGGCUCUGGCCUCCAACGGCUCGCUGCCCCUGUCAGGGUCCCACUUCUUCGAGAAGGUUGUCUUGACCGUUCCACCGAAACAGUUUGAGGGACCUCUUUCCAUGUGGAUGCCCUUGGGUCGAAAGGGCCUCAACAGAUUCUCUCAUUUUCCAGUCAAAAUCCCUGUCGUAAUUUGGAUGCACCACAUUUCUUUAAAUACACGGUUUCCUAUUUUUGAAAGCUCAGGGGAAAUUAGAGAAUUCUAGAUUCCUUAGAUGGGUUGAUCGAGAUUAUCAAAGAAGAUUUAUCUGCUUCAUAAUUUCGCUUACUGUGGUCAUUCUGAUUUUUCUGUUGAAGUAAAAAUUUUACCGGCAAUGUUGAAGCUAGUCAUAAAAAAUGAUAUCGAAACUGUGGAAAAAAAUGAAAAUGCAUAUCCAAAUAAAAUGAUAAACAUUAUGAUUCCAAAUUGAGGUAUACAAUUUCAUAUGAUAAGUAAUCACUCUCUAGCUAGUGUUCAUUACAUUGAUUAAAUAUAUGUUACUGUCUUUCGUUUCCAUAAAAGAGGAAGUGGCGAUGUAUUGAUUCUGAACAGAAUCAUAAUGCAUGAAUUUGUGCACUUCAAUGAAUAAGGAAUUCAUGUUCUGUCAAUUAACAAAUUUGCUCCGGUUCGUUGUUCGAGUAAAUGUUCUAUGCAGUACUUGGUGAAAUCAUCCUUGGUGUUUCUUAUAUAAUUUUUUUCAUCUAUUUUUAAUGGAGGUAUAAUAUAUUGACUACUUUUUGUCUGAUUUUUUUUAUGGAAGCAUAACAUGUUAUUUCUUUCUUUAUAUUCAGUAAGUGUCAACCUUUCAUCGAUCUUAUUUGCAGUGUGGUCUAUUUUGGAACAGAAAAUAAUCGAUGACGAAGUAGAAAAGGUCAAGGGUUUUGCUGUAGAUACUAUCCUACCUGUUCGAGAAAGGCUAAAGAUAUUGGGCCGUGUUGUGAAUAUCGAUGAUCUUCAUCUGAGUGCAGCUGAGCGGAAGCUUAUGCAUGCUUACAAUGAGAAGCCUGUUCUUUCCCGUCCCCAGCAUGAGUUUUACUUGGCAAGUAUUUCUCUUCUGACUUUCAGCACCAGCACCCACUGAUACUGAUUGUCAAGGAUCCUCCACUCGAGAUAUCAAAGAAAAUUAAAAUAAUGUCGCCUAAUGUCUGUCAUCAAAUGCAGUUUCUUCGCAUUUAUAUUUCUUCAUAUAUGACAAACUUUGCCCAAAUGAGAAUAAUAAAAGUCAGUAUUUCUACACAUUGCAGCACAAAAGGAGAAGCAAGAGGCCAUUAAUUCUCAGAAUACUCCUGAUAAUUGAAAGUACAUAUAUAAAUGCAUAUGUUCCGAUGAGGAUAAACCUUUUCUAACUGUUUAUCCAAUGCUUCGUACUGGACCUUUCACUGAUGAACUGGGCAAGAACAAAAGCUCUGAAAGAGUAUUUUUAUCAGAAGGCAUCCCUUCUAUCUCUAGUUGCAUUCAAGGCUUCCUAUGGAUCAUGGAAAAACCUGCAUCAUAAAAACCCAUGUUCAAAAAUUUAUUUGUACAGUGAACCGUUGGCUUUGUGAAUAUUACAUCUGUGUCCACUCUAUUCUCGCAGGUUUGCACUUGAGCUAGAAAUGCCUCCCCCUUGCCGGGAAAUCUACAACAAUAUUAGUUAGUUUUUUUGUUGUAAAAAUACCCAAAUGAAGUGAUUAACUGCUGCAAAUCACACAGCCUGAUGAUUUGAUUGCUUUGAGAAGCAUUUUUAUAUUUGUUAAAAAAAAUAAUUACGUGUCUAAUUCAUUUAUCAAGAGUUCUUUUUUUUUCAUUUUUUUAAUCACUGAAAACUAUUUUUCAAACUCUUGGGACUGGAGAAUCUUGUCGGAAUAUUCAUGAAUAAUAUGUGAAAAAGUUAUAGAACUGGGGGCUGCUUCUCUUCCAUGUUCUUCUUUCUCUGACUCUCUGCGUGCAAUUUCUGACAGGGAGAAGAUUAUCUUGAGAUUGAUAUAGACAUGCACAGGUUUAGUUACAUCUCCAGAAAGGGGUUCGAGGCAUUUCUAGACAGGCUGAAGAUCUGCGUCCUGGACGUCGGCUUGACCAUUCAGGUAAACUCCAUACUUCACUAGAUCUGCAACAAUUUUUGCCCAAAAUUCACGCGGCACUCGUGCAGGGAAACAAGCCCGAAGAGCUCCCAGAACAGGUCUUGUGUUGCAUCAGGCUGAAUCAGAUCAACUACUCCAGCUAUCAGCAGCUUGCCGUCCCCUGCUCCUGA